AUAUCCGAUCGGAGCUCAGAUUCGCAUUGCCGGAUCUCGGCAUUGAUAGAGUCAUAUCUUGCUCAACGUACUCAUCAACGAGCAAGCCCAUCUUACGCGUCGACCACCAUGGCAGCAGAACAGCCAUUGUUCGAUCCUUCGCUCAAAAAGCGCAAGAAGAAAGCUGUAGCUUUCACCGAGGACCCGUUAGGUCCUGAAGCAGAUCCUACUACACCUGCACCAACCACUAUCGAGAAUACAACUACCAACGGAGAUGUUGUCGAUCUCGGUCCUACCACCGCACAUGAGCAGAUGAAGCAAAGUCUCAAUGGGGCACCAGAUCGUGUUGAUGCUGCCGAUGAAGUAAAGGAAGACGAUGAUUUCAAGGCCAUGUUUCCAGAUGGUCUCAAGAAGAAAAAGAAGAAGAAAGACAUCCCUAUGGACCUUGGCGAAGAUGGCUCAGGAGCAUCGCCUGCAGCUGCACCCGCCGCUACAGAAGAUCUCGACUUCUCCGACAUCAAGAAGAAAAAGAAAUCAACAAAGAAAAAAGCAAUGGAAGACUUCGAGAAGGAGCUUAAUGAGGCAAAAGCAAAAGAUGAGGCUGAGGAAGCUGAAGCCGACGACGGAGAGCAUCUUAAUGAACUAGAUGAAGCAGAUCUUGGGGACGACCCAUUUGCACGCAAUGAAGCACCUACAGGCAUUGAGUCUGGCACAGAACCAUGGCUUGGGAGCGACCGAGAUUAUACUUACCCAGAGCUCCUAACACGAUUUUACGCCUCCCUUCAUGCCGCAAAUCCAUCAUUACUCACUUCCACCGGUAAACGAUACACGAUCGCACCUCCACAAAUUCUCCGUGAGGGUGUCCGUAAAUCAAUAUUUGCAAACGUUGCAGAUAUCUGCAAGAGGAUGCACAGACAGCCGGAGCAUGUCAUUCAAUUCCUCUUCGCUGAAAUGGGUACCACUGGUUCAGUGGACGGUUCAGGACGUCUGGUCAUCAAAGGUCGUUUCCAACCCAAACAAGUCGAGAAUGUUUUGCGUCGUUAUAUCGUCGAGUAUGUGACAUGCAAGACAUGUAAAUCACCAGACACGCUCCUCACAAAGGAGAACCGUAUUUUCUUCAUGUCCUGCGAGUCCUGCGGCUCACGUCGAUCCGUCAACGCGAUUAAGAGUGGUUUCCAGGCCCAGGUUGGCAGGAGAAAGGCAACUGCGCAAUAAGCUGUCGUUGUAUUAUCAGGAAGUUGUUUGCUACGUCCAUUGCUACAUCCAUCAUCAUCAUCACGCAUAUCGAACCCUUAAUACAUGGUCUGAUUGUAGAAGCACGAGGUGAAUACUC